AUGCGGUCCACCCCGUCGGCCUUGCAUUCGCAGGGCCAGAAGCUCUAUCAAAAAGGGGACUUCAAGGCGGCCAUCUCGGCGUUUACAGAGGCCUUGAAGCAGAAGGAUGCCGACUCCGUGGGUAUCUUGGACAACCGAGCCGCAACAUACUGUAAACUGGAGCAGUAUGACCAGGCGCGCCGAGAUGCAAAACAUAUGAUUAAACAAGCCAAGGAGGAUGAACGGGGUUACUUGCGAUGUGCCAAAGUUCUCCUACUUGAAGCUAAACCAGACAAAGCAUUGGAGAUCUAUGCUUAUGGUCUCAAAGUGCUUCCAAAUGGACACCCUCGUCGCGAGACGAUGGAGCAACUGCACAAGAAGCUCGAAGAUCGAAUGAACCUGAACAGGAAAGAUCCUUUUACAAUGCUUCCUCUGGAAAUUGCAGCGCUCGUUAUCCAGCACUUUUCAUUCAAAAAUAUUGUGGGUAUUCUUCGAGUUUGCAAAAGCUGGGAGCGUUUUUUUGGCAACAUGCGCGAGCUCUGGAUGAAGAUAGAUCUGUCUGGGGCUCGCCAAAAGGUGCCAUGGACCGCCGUUAGGGCGUACAUCCGUCGCUCUCGGGGGUUGCUCACUCAUGCGACAUUCAAGAACCUCGCCUUGCCGUCGACGCCAAAAAGCAUCGAGUUCCUCAGCAGAUGUCCGCGUCUAGAGCAUCUCGAGCUUUGGGUCAACCACGACUUUAAGGAUAUCUUCCGAAGGUUUAAGGGCUGCAAGUCCUUGAAAAACUUCAUCUUAUCGGCAGAGGUUUCCGUGCCACAUAGCUGUCUUGAAAAGCUCUUGACCCAAUUCCCAAAACUCGAGCGGAUUGAACUGUGGAGUGUGAAGCAUUCCCCUCUUACUAUCGGCGAGGGGAAUUGGCCGCAAAGCCUUCCCAACUUGAGGAGCAUCACUCUGGCCACCCAGCAAGCGGUGUCGACUGCUCCACCAACCGCUCUCGUUAUUCCAAAUCUAGAUCAUAGUCUCACAGAUAUUCCGAACUACCCAAACCUACAAGAGCUGCGAUUGGAUUGGGAACCUCCAGUCUAUAGACCUUGGUUGUUCUUCCCCCCGGACGAUGCAAAUGAAGACCCGCCUAUUCAAUUCCCACCACUCAAGCGCCUCGAACUAAAUGGCUUGACGAUUGGCAGCAACUUCUGCUCAAUUUUACCAACUUCAAUUGAAUAUCUCAGCCUCAAAGGGGGAUCCUCAAGGUCAACUGCCAAUUUCUUCGACACCCAAAAGCUUGAGAAGCUCAGCACUCUUAUGCUGAAAGAUGCUGGCUGGGUGAACGUUACUACAGCCACUUUCAUGAUCUGUGGCACCCAAGCACCUCUCCGAGUCUUGCAUAUCGACGAAUGUUUCAAUCUGUCGGACGGAUGCUUCAUGGAAGUGCUGCGGUAUGCAAGCGAACACAACCCGGAAGUUUUCAACUUGACUGAGCUGAGUCUUGUACAAAUGCAAGGCUUUGACGAUUCUUUCAUGAAUCGUGUCUGUGUACAGUUUCCAAAACUGAAAGUCUUGAAUCUUUCAAAAACCCGGAUCACGGGCUGCACUAUCCGCGAUCUCGCUGAUGCGAGAUCAAAUGAGUCUUCCGAGCUACCAAGCUUGGACCGCCUCUGUGUCCGGGGUUGCGAGAGUGUCUCUUCUGACGCGGUCACCUAUGGCCGUGAACGUGGGCUAGACGUUAUCACUUGA